UUGGUCGCUGGGACGCAAACAGCGCUGACAUCCCCCGAUGCUGCGGGAUGCACAACUGAAACCAAAGCGUACAACAUUUUGAUUCAGAACAAGACCCUGAAGAUAAAGCUUUAUGAUACGAUUGUAGGCCUUGGUGAAGGCCCUGAAGGAACAGUCCCCGACAGGGAAGCUCGAAGAGUUCUGAAGAAGCUCCUUCGAGAUCUAAUGAAGCAAAUUGACAUCCAUCUCCUCAUGUACUGUGUGCGGGGUGUGAGAGCGACGAAGGCGCUCUGCCGCAACUACGACUUGAUCCGCUCUGAAGUGAAGGAGAGAGUUCCAAUCGUUCUUGUCGCCACAGCUUUAGAAGACCAAGCACCAGAGAUGGAAGAAUGGUGGAGGAAAAACGAGAAACUCAUCUCAGACUUCGGGAUGACCUUUGCUGGCCACGCGUGUGUCACCACAGCGACUAUCGACAAAUAUGCAGAGGAUAGCCUCAGGUGGCGCCGCAUACAGUCAUACCACGCCGUCUGCCAGCUUAUCGAACGGUGUCGCCUGUCGAAAGCGGUUCAAACCCCACUGUCAGAAGUCGGCCGAUGGCUUAACACUAUCCGGCAGCUCAUGGCGGGAGAUGAGGUAACACCCACGACUUCUGACGUGCGACGUCGUAUGCUGCAACGUUCGGAUGACGAGAUUUUCAAGGCUAUCGUGCUCUUUGGGGAUACGGGAGCAGGCAAAAGCUCGCUCAUCAAUCUCAUGGCAGGAAAGGAGGUGGCGGGCACAUCUCCUGACACGGAACGCUGUACGAUGCACUGGCAAGAAUAUAAUAUCUGCUUCGGCAACAUGUCUUACAAGGUCUUCGAUACCGUCGGACUCGAGGCACCGGAUCUUGGAAUCAAAGAGUACCUCGAGUUUGUCGAGAACGCCUAUCAGCUCAUCAAGCGACUGGACAAACAAGGCGGCAUCGAUCUCCUUCUAUUCUGCGUUCGUGCCGGCAGAGUCACUGCUACGCUGCAGAACAAUUACAGGCUCUUUCAUGAAUUUCUCUGCGAGAAGAAGGUUCCCAUUGUUCUUGCUAUCACGGGCCUCGAAAGAGAGCUGAGGAUGGAGGACUAUUGGGAGAGAAACAAGGGCAUCUUUUCGCGAUAUCAGAUCCAGGUCGCUGGCCAUGCGUGCAUCACCGCCGCUGAUAGAUUGGACGGCAGACACAAAGACCUUUAUGAAGAGUCGCGCGUCACGAUCCGCAACCUUGUUGAACAAUUCACUGCCGACGGGCAGAAGCAAGCAUGGAUGGGAGGGGACAACCUGUUCGUGUCGUUGAUGCGUAAGCUGAAGGAGCUACUUGUAGGGAGUUCACAUGUGAGAAGGAGGGAUCUUGUCCCUCAUCUCACUAAGCGUUGCGGUAUGUCUCGAGAAGUCGCAAAACAGUUGGCUGAUAUGAUCAAGCAAGAUGAAGCUGCUUGA